GAGACAUGAUUUGGCGGUAACCCUGCACGAGCUCGGGCGCCGUCGGCGGCCCUCGGUGGAAAUCAACAGUAGUCGGCGCCGGCAGCCCGCGCGGAGAGACGCCCGAUACGAUUUACUUCGACGAUGUUAUCGUAUGUGUCAAAAUCGCGCCGUUUAUUCCGCAUUUAUCGUAAACAAAUCAUAACCAAUUGACAGGAACACUCAUUGUUCAAUGAAACAGUUUCUCUUGGAGGCCAUUAGCAAUCGUAGAAUGCUCAAAUCUACGCAAUAAAUCUAUGUAACCGGCCGCAUUGAAUUAUAGAAGUUGCAAUAAUAAGGUUAGAACAUUUAAGUGUAUUUCGGAGUUCUGGAUUUUAGUGAAAGGAACAUUGUAAGAUUGUAGUGUUCGAGUGCUGGUUCGGUGGCUAACUGUGCUGUGUCUGGCGUGGUGUGACCGUUAGUGGAACGUCUGAGUGCAUCAGGUACUUGAGCGCGAGUGUACUCGCCGAGGCUGCUCAAUGACUGCUGUUAACGAAGCAUCCAAGUCAAGGCGUUUAGCUUCGUUUGAUUGCGCGUUCAUGAUUCCAUCGUUUUAAACUACCUACUUGCUAGGAUGCCGGCGCUCCGGCUGCUGGGCCGCAAGUGGCUGGCGGCCUCCGACGACCUCGUCUUUCCGAGCAUCUUCGAGCUGCUCUUCAGAUUCGUAUGGCUGGUCUUGAUUGCGUUGGUCGUGGAGGUGCUGUUCCCAGUAAGCUGGCAGUGCGAGACCGAGGGUUGGCACGGCGGUGCCUUUGUGCGGCUGUACUUGUGCGGUACCCUUGCAUUGCAGGCCAUACUACUGUUGCUUCUGGCAGCCCUGGCGCAGCAGUCCGCGAGAGGAACAAUUACUGACGUCGAUAAGAGGAAGUUCGUCUCACCGUUGCUUCUUCUCAAGGUGCUGCUUGUGUUGCCGGAAAUAGCGCUCAAUGUAAUGGGCACCAUGUGGAUGUUCUGUGACGUCAUCAAGUGCACCGUCAAGGAUAGUUUCUCUAGCAUAGUAAUUCAAAGUAUAGUCUUAUUCAAUUGGGUGCAGCUAGGGCUCACACUGCUGGGCCUGUUUAUGGUGUUCGACCCUCUGGGGUCAGUGCGGUACGGGGACAUGCAAGACACCCCUAACCAAGUCCGCCACCAUCGGAAGGUCACGGGCCUCUGGUCCAGGCGGUUCCGUUGGGCCUUCUGCUGGCUGAAGAAGGACGAGCACGGGAAGGAGGCGUUCCAACAGGUUGCUGCUCUGCUAAGUGCCCUGUUCCGGUCAACAGACCUAGUCCCAUCAGACGUGGUCGCCGGUUGCGUACUCCUCAGGGUCCGACAGAAGCGGGAAACUAGAGAAAUGCGCCGAAUACAGAUGCUCAACGACGAAGAGCCCAUUUACACCACAGACGUGAGCAAGAUAUUCUCAGAAACCCCCCCGUGGAUGAACUUGGAGGACGCUUUACACUAUCUGAGGUUGUCAAUAGCAGCGUACGGUUGGCCGUAUGUGCUGUACCGACAUUGCUUCACAGGCUUCUGCAAGUUAGCCCGCCAUCUUACUUGUUGCUGUUGCAGACCGAAGAACUCGAUUGUGACCGACGACAACUGCUGCAUGUGCAAUUUUGCCGGCGUCAAAUACAUGUCCAACUUGGCUGCGGAUGACAUCAUCUUUGCUUCGUUCAACAACCGGGUUUUUGAGCUUCCAUUCUGUGUGAUAGCGGACCACGACCGUGAGAGCAUAGUGGUGGCCGUGCGCGGCUCCAUAUCUCUGCGGGACAUCUUCACGGAUUUCACUGCCGGCUCAGAGAAGUUCGAAGCUGACGGAUUGCCAGAAAAUACGGCGGCGCAUAAAGGAAUGGCGAUGGGUGCUGCGAAAAUGCUCAAACGACUUCUACCAGUACUCGAUCGCGCUUUUCAGCAAUACUCCAACUAUGAUCUAAUAUUAACAGGUCACAGUCUUGGUGCUGGGGUUGCAGUGUUAGUGGCGUUAAAAUUAAGGCCAAGAUAUCCACAUUUGAAAGUAUUUGCAUUCUCAACACCAGCGGGACUAAUCAGCCGCGAGGCAGCUCGUUACACGGAGAGUUUCGUGCUCACUGUGGGAGUUGGAGACGACCUGGUGAUGAGGCUGAGCGUCCACAGCAUUGAGAACCUUCGGACCAAGGUCAUACAGACCAUACAUGCCACAAAAUUACCAAAGUACCGGAUAAUGUUGAACGGCUUUGGCUACGCCCUGUUCGGGGUUCCCGCCCGAGACCUGGAGUCCACCUGGCGCCGGCCCGAGGAGCUGGAGACGCAGCAGUCGGACGACUCCACGGAGACGCUGCUGGUGCAGAGCGUGUCCACCGUGAGUGCUGAGGCGGCGCUGGUGUCGCGCAACGUGUUCGCGCGCCGGUUCUCGUCUGCGCGCCUGUUCACGGCCGGCCGCAUCCUGCACAUCGUGCGCCGCAAACGCAUGGGAAUUGAGAAUAAUGAGGAAGAUGAUGAAAGAAAAGUAAGAACGCAAGAGCCGACAUUCGAAAUGAGAUGGGCGUGCGCUGAAGACUUCAUGGAAUUACAAGUGAUGCCGAGAAUGUUACUCGACCAUUUACCAGAAAAUGUACAUCGGACCAUACAAACUGUCAUAGACGAGAGACACACGUACAGAGUCACGCACGUUGUUUAGAAACAUAGAGUAGGUAGAACCAAUGGACUGGAAUUAAACUAUAUAGAAUUGACGAUUGAGUUACGGAAUUAAACCUUCCAUAAAGUAUUAAACCAAGUGGUAAAUAGCGCUCGACGAUGCAAAGAUCAUGAACUAACUAAGUAGGUUUAUGGAAAUUUUGCAAGUUUUGUCAAUGUGGUGUGCGACGGUGAUGAGUGCAUAGUGCAGCUGCUGCACUGCAACCUAACGGACUUACAAAUAAGUAGUGUCAUGAACAAAUUAGAAAUCUUGCCUAAAAGGUUCAGAUUUUUCAGACAUGUUGCAAUUUGUUAAAAGUACUUAUCUACCAUGUGCCAGUUUUUGUCCUGAAGAAAAACACGACUAAACUAACUAGGUAUAAGUAAAACGGGACAUCGCACACGCACUGACAACACAGCUAGGAAAUGGCCGUAAACAUUAUCUUUCAUUGUAAAGAUGACCAGUGUUGUGAUGAUUUUAUGAGUUUUUUAAGAUACACUUUAGAAUACCACAAGAAAAGACUCAGCCGAUCUGAAUACACAGCAUUUAUUUUUUAAGAUGUCUUUAUGAAAUUAGAAAAAGUAUGUGAAUAAAACUAUUUUUAUAAUAAGCAAACUUGUGACUAGGGGUAGAAAUACGGUUUAAUAUUUUUAUUAGGUACCUAUUAACUAAAAUUAACUGCAAUAGUCUUGACUCUAUCUGUCUCUACUGUGAUUUGUACCUAUGUCUGUUUGUGGGUUUACCACUCUAAAAUUUUGUUAAGGUAAUUUAGUCGAAAAUGUUCUUAGGCAUGAUUCAAUGCCAGGUUUUUUUAACAAUAAUGUGUCAUUCAAAUAUAUAUUUUUCAUGACAUACGACGGCAUCGUUCCUACAUCAAUCAAUCUAGUUACCUAACUGACAUAUAUUUAUUUUCCUGUACAUACCUAAAUUUCUGUAUUUCAACUAAUAUAUUAUUAAUUUACACUCUCAAAGCGGUAUCAACUAAGUUAAGAUAUUUAUAGUAAUAAAUGUGAGAAGACUGUGAUGAUGAUUUAGUAUGAAUUAAGUGACAAUUUUAUGUAAUACGUGGAGAGUGGAUUUAUAGAUUAAUUUAUUGUAUGUUACGCUAGAUAUCGACGAAUCAACCAAAAAAGACACAACACUCAUUACAUGUUUUGUUUAUAAUACACCAUCUUGAGUUAUAAGCUAAUUCUUCAAAUGUGGUCGUCCAGAUCAAAAGGGAACUUAUGGCGGCUAGCACUUAGGUCUUUAUUGCCGUGGUUCCAAUACAAAACAACGGCAUUAUAGACCUAAGGUCCCUUUUGCUUUGGACGAUCACAAAUUUGUAAGUAGGUACCCAGUUAAACCUCUCUCUUAUCUUGGUUACUUCUGUGGUUUGUGUCAAUGAUUCAUCGAUAUUUAUGUGUAUAUAGCGUACAUAGUUACAUAAUAAAAUGUUGUGUAAAUAUAAACUUAAAACAAGUUCUAAAGAAAGGAAGCUUUUUGUGUUUGUCCCUAUGUAGUAUACAUAUCAACUAUCAUAGUUUCUUAGUUAAUUUUUCGACUCAUAUGAUGAAAUUUUAAUAAAUGUACAACCACGCACCAGUAUAAUAUUUAAAAUAUUGUUAUUAUGUAUUAAAAUAACAAGUUAAACGUGUAAAUAUUUAACAUUUUUUUGCUCAACGGAUAUAGCAAUUUAAUUUUCUUUUAAAUUUAUUAUAAACAUCAUACCUAAGUCUAUAACUAAGUACAAUAAAUUAGACUAUAAAGUAUAUCAGUUGUAUAAGAGUCAAUUAGAUCAAUAUUGUAAAUUUCUGUAAAGCAAUUGAAUUAUAAUAUUAUGACGAUCACAACACUUGGGAACAUGGUACCUACCACGACUAACUUAGGUAUUCAUUAAAAAAAUAUAUUUUUAAGUCUGAAAUAACUAAAAGUGUUUUAUGCAGAAAUCAAUCAAUGUAGUAAAUAGAUACACGACAAUUUAAAAUUUGUUUGCUAAUUUUUUUCCCACAAAUUAAUAAACAAAAAAUAAUAUUGUUUUCUAAAAUAUCUACAAAUAAAUAGUGAAAAUAAUAAUAUUUUGCAAAUAACACAAAGAUUACAUGGUUGCGUUGUGUUGAGUCUCAUUUGAAUAACCCCUAAAAAUGCCAAAUAAUUAUAAGUACGUAAGUAGUUUCUUAACUAUAAUAAGUACUAAAUAAAUAUCUAUGCUUUAACUACUAGUGUACACAUGUUCUUCACAUCGAUAACCGUUUACUUAACUGUGAUUACAAAUGGUAGGUAAUAGUAAACUUACAAAAUAAUUAUUAUGAAACUGAAGUAUUUAUUUUAGCACGAAAAUUUUCUUUAUAUUUACUACUCCAAUCUAAUUCAUAUAGUUUUCUACCUAGAUUAAAAAAAUAUAUUCAUAAGGGAACAACAUAAAGUGGCUUUGGAAAACUACAUCGUUUUUGGAUACGUAUUUUCUUGACUGCAUUGUACAGAACAUUCCAAUUAUACCUAAGUUUGUAGAUGAUAUUUAUAUUUUAGGUUGGUUACUUUCUUUUUCUGUCCUUAAUGAAUAUUUCGUGUCAAAAAUAUUUUAUGAUUAGAUAAAAACAUUUAUUUAAAAACUUUUUGUUUUUAUUAUUUUAUUUGAUGUAUUCGGAAAAAGAAAAAAUAAA